AUGCCUCGAACCUCCGUCAGGCCGCUGCUCCCACGCAUCCCCUAUCCUAGCCUCUCCUUCGACUCGCCCCCUAUUCUACCUCGUGUCCUUAGCACGCCAUCUCCCAUCAUGAAGGUUGCCAUCAUCGGAGGAGGCCCCGCCGGCCUCGUGACGCUCAAGUACCUCAAGGAAGCCCACAAGUCGCUGGCAUGUGAGCCCGUCGAGGCUCGCCUGUUCGAGUAUCAUGAGCGUGUCGGCGGCACCUUUGCGGCCCGGACGUACGAGGAUGCCGAGCUCGUCUCGUCCCGACAGCUCACCAUGUUCUCCGAUUUCCGCGUCGACGGGCCCGAGGACUUCAUCGCGGCGGAAAAGUACGUCAAGUACAUGCACGACUACUGCACGCGUUUCGACCUUUGGCCGCACAUCAAGCUGCGCACGCGCGUCGUCGCCGUCAACCGACGCGCCGGCGCCGACGGCAAAGGCCAUGUCAUCACCUACAAGGCCCAGGACAGCCAGACGCGCCACGAGUGGGAGUGCGACGCCGUCGCCGUCUGCUCCGGCUUGCACGUCGACCCCUGCAUCCCGCACAUCCCGGGCAUCGAGAACGUGCCCAUGACGAUCCACUCGUCCCAGUUCAAGACGAGGAAGCAGUUCGGCGAGGACAAGACCGUCAUGGUCGUCGGCAUCGGCGAGACGGGAUCCGACAUGGCCCACCUGGCCGUCACGUCCCCGACUCGGAGGGUGCUGGUGUGCCACCGCGACGGAUUCCACUCCGGGCCCCAGAGGAAUCCCGGGCCGGCCUUGUUUCCCAUCCUUCGCGGAUUGAAGGACGAGGAACACUUCAAGGACCCGGGCAUCCCCAUCGACGUCAGCCGAGCCAACAUCUUCGACACGGCCUACGUUCACCCCAUCCUCCGGAACUCGAUGCUGCUGUGGAACUAUUACGACUGGUACAUCAACUCCAUCCUCUGGCUGUCUGGAGGCAGCACGGCCGGCAUGGACCAGUGGUGUGGCGAGAUCAGUCGCGAGCGCCAUCACCCUUCGAAGAUCUUCUUCAACAAGUCGACCAAGAUAAUCCCCUACCUCAGCCAGCCGUACCGUCCCUCUCAGCCUGGCAAGGAUCUGUGGCUCUUUGCUCUGCGAUCCGCCAUCGUCCAACGCCCUUUUGUCGACACCAAGGGCAGGCACGUCGACCUGGCCCCCUGGCCCGAGGAGAUCGACAGCGACGGUUACGUGCGCUUCCGCAACAACGGACGCCCCGAGUACGAGCGCAUGAAGAAUGAGAAGAUCAAGCCGGACAUUGUCGUCUUCGCCACGGGAUACAGCCAGAGCUUCCCCUUCCUCAACACCACCGACGGUGGCAAGGCCGGAGGGGAAAGGAGGUACCCGAUCGCGAGCGAGGCAGACGUGCGCGAGGUGUGGAAGCGGGAUGACCCGACCGUCGGCUUCAUCGGCUUCCUCCGACCAUCCUUCGGCGCCAUCCCGCCCCUCGCCGAGAUGCAGGCCCAGCUCUGGAUCGUCAACCUCCUCGCGCCCAGCAAGAUUCCGCGCCCCCUUCUCGCCGAGGACGAGCCGCACUACCGGCUGCUGCCUCCCAAGGGCUGGCGCAUCACCUACGGUGUCGACCACGAGAGCUACGUCUACCAGCUCGCCAAGGACCUGGACUCGGCGCCGGGACUGUGGGACGUCUUCGGACUCAUGGCCCGCCGAUUCACCCGGCCCGUGGCCUGCUGGAAGCUGUUCAUCCUGUGGGCGUUUGGAGCCAACCUGACGACCAAGUUCCGCCUUCAGGGUCCAUGGCAGUGGGACGGCGCGCAAGACCUCUUUGUAUCCGAGGAGUUUUGGCAGACAAUCACCCGAAGACCCAUUUUCUGGGGCCACUUUGCCGUUUCCAUCCUUCCCAUGUCCAUCUUCGGUCCCCUAAGCCUGCUGUGCUGGAUCUAUGCCACCAUCGUGGGCGCCGGCUCGUGGCUUCUGAGUCCGAUUCUGGGAUCCUCUCACGAUGGAACCGAACCAGAGAGAAAGGACGUCAAAAUGGAGGUCAAGAGUAAUGGAACAAAGCUCACACGAUGCAUGUCAUCGCAGUAG